GUGUGAAAACGGCCUGAUUCCUCCAUCCAAAGAGGGGGUGGUGAGGAGCAAGACAGGGCGGCAUUCUUUCCAGUGUCAUUCUCCAAUUUCCUGCAACGGGAUUUUUAUACCUUGCUUGCAACCAUAUGUUUGUCACUGAUGAGGAAAAAGGACACGAUGAUAAAGCUCUGUCUGGUAAGACACGUAGAUAGCGAAUGAGAUCCUGCAGUUUCCGAUGCUCUGGAGAGCAUUGCCUUGGAAAUUCCGGAAGGACCGUUUUUUCUAAUGGGGGUGCGAUUAUCUGUGUACUUGAGAGUUCUUCCUGAGGUGUCCGAUCACGGUCCUGGUCCACAGAGUUAGCGCAGCUCCUCUCCACUCCUCUCGUUGCCCCCACCCACCCACCCUCCCCCACCCCAAACCCCACCUCCUCCAUGUGGUCCCAGAAGAAGAAGGUGUUGAUGGCCAUGGUCACCCUGGGGCUGGCGGCAGCUCUGAUCCGCUCCUGGACCCCUAGGCCCUACAACUCAGUGGACGUGCGGCCGAAGCAGGAGACAAAGAUGGAAAAGCUGCUGGAGGACCGACUGCUCCUCUCGGAGCACAAAUACGACGACAUCCCUUACCGGGUCAAGGAGAGUGUCUUGGGUCUCCUGGCCCGUAAUGGCUGCGUGUGUGAGGGGGAGACGAGGAGCAUCAACCUGCCCUACGCCCACCUGCUGUUCCCUCGGGUGUCAGCGCAGAACCUCCACACGGCCUUCAAGGUGUCGGAGCUGGAGGAGGUGAAGAGGCGCCGGGCCCAGGAGUACCACAGCUUCCAGAUGAGGUCACAGACUUCAGCAGACCUGCUAAUUGUUGCUGAAGCUAAUAGCCCCCUGCAAUACCCCACCCAGGGUGUAGAAGUCCGACCCCUCAAGACCAUCCUGGUACCUGGACUGGCCCUUAAAGAGAAGACCAGAGAACGCUACACAGUGAAUUUGACAGCAACAAUGGGCACUUUUGAUAUUGCUGCAUUUGUGGAUGAUGUCACCAUGAAAGGCGAGGGGGAGAUGCAGAUGGCUUUGUCCAGCCGAUACCUCUCAGCCCUGAACAGGCAGCUGCAGUUUGUCACCUACACAAACACCCUGUUCCACCCGAACACCGCCGACACAGUGCAGUUUGUGACUGACGGACACCAAUCUUUCUUCACUGUUAAAGUCCGUCACGGCGUCACCCCUAAGCUCUAUAACCCAGGACCCAAAGAAGAAUACAACGUGAGUGCCCUUGUCACCAUAGCGACAAAGACGUUUUUGCGUUAUGACAAACUCCAGGAUUUGAUUGACAGCAUACGCCAGUUCUACCCGACUAUCACCAUUGUAAUUGCCGAUGACAAUGAGCAUCCUAAGCCAGUGAUCGGUCCCUACAUUGAGCAUUACACCAUGCCAUUUGGAAAGGGGUGGUUUGCAGGGCGUAACUUGGCAGUGUCCCAGGUCACCACCAAGUAUGUGCUGUGGGUGGACGAUGACUUCAUCUUCACUGCCAACACCAAGCUUGAGAAGCUGGUGGAUGUUCUAGAGAGCACCACCGUGGACCUGGUCGGCGGUGCAGUGAGGGAAGUGACGGGCUACACGGCCUCCUACCGGCAGACCUUCUCCCUGGAGCAAGGCGGAGAGGAGGGGGACUGUCUGCACAUACGCCGGGGCUUCCACCACGCCAUCAAGGGUUUUCCCAACUGCGUGGUGGCAGACGGGGUGGUCAACUUCUUCCUGGCGCGCACCGACAAGGUCCAGCAAGUGGGCUUCGACCCUCGGCUGGCUCGGGUGGCUCAUUUGGAAUUUUUCAUCGAUGGCCUUGGGGUUCUCCACGUGGCCUCUUGCGAUGACGUCGUCGUCAACCACGCCUCGAAGAUCAAACUCCCGUGGGGGCAGUCCGAGAGCGACAGGGCAUACUACAAGUUCCGCUACCCGCCGUCCUCUUCGGACACUGCCCAGACCAGGAGCAGCCUGUUCUAUUUCAAGAACCGGUUCCAGUGUCUCACCCACAACUGACCUCAACUCCCCCUGCCCCCGUGUUCUGUUGCCCCGCCCCCACCCCCUCUCUGCCGUGAGCCCGCCCACACCCACCCUGUGCCUGAGUU